GGGCAUUGAUGAUACCACACAUGUAAGCUGCCUCUAUAAGCGGGCUUGUAGAAAGAAGAAAAGAAUGUCGCUCUCAAGCCUGGACACUCCCUUGAUUAACGGUAAAUGCAGUUGGGUGAUGCGAGUUUGAGUUUACAGACAUCGACCUCCCGCAAACGCAUUUAGUCUUGACAUUAUAGCCGCAAACGACACGAAGCAAUGACACCGUUGCCGCCGCAGUUUGGGUAUUUGCGCGGAUUGACAAGGUAGAAGGCACUCCCGAAGACAGCUUGGCCGAGCUGGGGCCUUGGGUGUCCGUGCAAGAUAUGCGAGUUUGAUUGGUAGAUACUGGGGAUCCGCUUCACAACCACUGACAACCGAGAGGCUGGGUGGAAGACAUCGGGUGGGAGGAGACGGCAACGGGAGAAAAGAAGGCAUUUGAGAUUUUUAUUUAAACAUCCUAAUAGAAAUCCGAGACCUAACUUCUUCAAGCAGAUACAACAUAGGAUCACAUUCACAGUUAAUGCAUUUGUAGAAGAACAGUUCACCGUUCAAAGCUGACGCCAUGACGGCCGAGGAGACCAUCAACAUCAAGGAGGUGGAGAUCAUCAAGGUGAUCCUGGACUUCCUCCACUCCAGAAAGCUCCACAUCAGCAUGCUUGCCCUGGAGAAGGAGAGUGGGGUGAUCAAUGGCCUGUACUCGGAUGACAUGCUCUUUCUGAGGCAGUUGGUGCUGGAUGGCCAAUGGGAUGAGGUGCUGCAGUUCAUUCAGCCACUGGAGUGUAUGGAAAAGUUUGACACGAGGCGGUUCCGCUAUAUUGUCUUGAAACAGAAGUUCCUGGAGGCUCUGUGCGUCAACAAUGCCAUGUCUGCUGAGGAUGAGCCACAGCAUCUGGAGCUGACCAUGCAGGAGGCGGUGAAAUGCCUGCACACGCUGGAGGAGUUCUGCCCGUCCAAGGACGACUACAGCAAGCUGUGCCUGCUCCUGACGCUGCCCCGCCUCACCAACCACGCCGAGUUCAAGGACUGGAACCCGAGCACGGCGCGCGUGCACUGCUUCGAGGAGGCCUGCGGCAUGGUGGCCGAGUUCAUCCCGGCCGACCGCAAGCUGAGCGAGGCCGGCUUCAAGGCCAGCGGCAACCGGCUCUUCCAGCUGCUCAUCAAGGGCGUGCUGUACGAGUGCUGCGUGGAGUUCUGCCAGAGCCGCGCCACGGGCGAGGAGAUCACCGAGAGCGAGGUGCUGCUGGGCAUCGACAUGCUCUGCGGCAACGGCUGCGACGACCUGGACCUCAGCCUGCUGUCCUGGCUGCAGAACAUGGCGCCCGGCCUCUUCUCCUGCGCCUUCGAGCAGAAGCUGCUCAACAUCCACGUGGACCGGCUGGUGAAGCCGGCCAAGGCGGCGCACGCCGACCUGCUCACGCCGCUCAUCAGCAAGCUGUCGCCGUACCCGUCCUCGCCGCUGCGCCGGCCCCAGUCCGCCGACGCCUACAUGUCGCGCUCGCUCAACCCCGCCCUGGACGGCCUCUCCUACGGCCUCUCCGGCCAGGACAAGCGGGCGGCGGACGGCGUGGGCCGGACGUCGCCCAUGUCGCACUCCUUCGCCAACUUCCAGUACCCCGGCGCGCCCAACCUGUCCCGCAGCCUGAUGCUGGAGAGCAGCGGCUGCCACAGCAUCUUCGAGGAGUCGCCAGAGAGUUCCAGGACCGAGACGCCGGUGGACCGAAUGCUGGCCUCAGAGCGGCCCACCUCAGGCCCCGGCAGCGAUGCUGUCUCUCCAGGCUCCGCGGAGAAGAACGAGUUGCGGGACUCGGCAGAGCAGUUCCAGGAGUAUUACCGCCAGCGGAUGCGUGUCCAGCAGCAUCUGGAGCAGAAGGAACAGCAGAGACAGCUCUACCAGCAGAUGCUCCUGGAGGGAGGAGUCAACCAGCCUGUGGAGUCGGACGUCCAGCAGAACCUGACUGAGAAGUUCCUCAACAGGUCCAUUCAGAAGCUGGAGGAGCUGAAUGUGGGAAUGGACAGCCUGGGGGAGGAGGUACUUUCCCUGAGCCAGCAGUGCAACGGGACGGCGGAAGGCACGGGAACGGACCCCGGCACCAACAUCACCCUCGCACCUGAGCCCGGCAAGCCGCCAGACGCCACCGACGUGCUCAGCAGCACCCCCCAGAGGGGCGAGGCACAAGGGCUGCCCGCGCUGGAGGAGUCUGUGAUCCAGACCCCUAAGAGCGUGCAGAAGCCCAGAGCGGGCCAGCCCUCCGGCGCGGAAGACUCUGGGUACUCUCCAACACGAUGCAAGGGCCCGGAGGGUGAAAAAUCCAAGGCUCACUUUGUGGCAGUGAAUACUCUGGAGGACACCCAAGCUGUGCGCGCUGUGGCCUUCCACCCCACGGGGGCGCUGUAUGCCGUGGGCUCCAACUCCAAAACGCUGCGGGUUUGCGCCUACCCCGAUGUCCUUGACACAAGCGGUUCGGGCGCCUCCAAGCAGCCAGUAGUGCGCUUCAAGAGGAACAAGCACCACAAGGGCUCCAUCUACUGCGUGGCCUGGAGCCCCUGCGGCCAGCUGCUGGCCACUGGCUCCAAUGACAAAUUUGUCAAGGUGCUGCCAUUCAACGCUGAGUCCUGCAACGCUACAGGCCCGGACCUGGAGUUCAGCAUGCACGACGGCACCAUCCGGGACCUGGCCUUCAUGGAGGGCCCAGAGUGCGGGGGCUCCAUCCUGAUCAGCGCCGGCGCGGGGGACUGCAACAUCUACACCACCGACUGCCAGAGGGGCCAGGGCCUGCACGCGCUCAGUGGGCACACUGGACACAUCUUGUCCCUGUUUACCUGGGGUGGCUGGAUGAUCGCGUCGGGCUCCCAGGACAAGACGGUGCGCUUCUGGGACUUGCGCGUUCCCAGCUGUGUGAGGGUGGUGGGGACAGCCUUCCAUGGGUCAGGUAGCCCUGUGGCGUCGGUAGCGGUGGACCCUAGCGGCAGGCUGCUGGCUACAGGGCAGGAGGACUGCGGCUGCAUGCUGUACGACAUCAGAGGGGGCCGGAUGGUCCAGACGUACCGCCCCCACACCAGCGACGUGCGCUCGGUCCGCUUCUCCCCCGGCGCUCACUACCUGCUCACCGGCUCCUACGACACGAAGGUUAUGAUCACUGACCUGCAAGGGGACCUGACGAAGCAGCUGCCCCUGACGGUGGUGGGGGAGCACGGCGACAAGGUGAUCCAGUGCAGGUGGCACACGCAGGACCUCUCCUUCCUGUCCUCCUCCGCCGACAGGACCGUCAUUCUCUGGACCCACUGCCCGUAGGAAGAGCUGGAGAUAAAAGCACAAAGGCCCGUUUCCGAACACCCUCCUCCCCCUCCCUUCCGAGACUCUGCUCCUCGUCUGCCAGGACGAACCAGAAGGCCUCGUUCGUUACAGAAAACACGCCCCAUUUCCUCUGUAGGGCUGGAACCAGGCUGGCUUGGUUAGGUCACAUUCCGGGCGGUUUCCUGUUAUCUUUUGUUUUAAGAUUUUUUUUGUCUCAACUAGGGUUGGGUGUCAUUUGUAUGUUAUCGAUUCCGAUUCUGAUUCCGAUUCCGCUUAUUGAAUCCUGGUUCCGAUUUUUGUGGAAGAAACCAAAAUGUUUCAAAAACUACCUUUAUUCUUUCCAGAUUUCAUCCGCUACAAAACAAAAACAAUAAUAAUACCAAAAUUUAAAAUAAAGAAUAAAAGUUUCCCUAUCAGGAGCUCCAGGGGAUGAACUGUAGGAGGCAUGACACUGCUCUGUGAACUCUAAGUAUUUAAGAUAAACUUAAAUAUCGUGCCCUAUUUGCCAUAUAAAAGUUGGAGUUGGAUGUAUGUUGUAUAUUACUUGAGUGCAAGGCGCUACUAGCACUAACGGAAUUUAGGAUGUUGUGACUGGGACUGGGGAUGUCGAAAACAUUGCAACGCUACACCAUGUUGCAGUAAAUGUUUUUUUUAAAAAUACUGGAGGUGCUUCCUCCUUUACAUGAAAAAAAUUUAUUGCAGUGAUUUUUUAUUUUGCUGUAUGUGUAUUGCUACUUUCUCUAGUGGAGCUUAGCCACACUUCAGAACAUUUACUCCAGUUAGCCAGCUGCAGUAAACUGUAAACAACUGUCUACAUUGCUCUGGUGAUGUACGACAUAACCAGGGAUAUCGACGUUUGAACUUCAGGUCCUGGCAGUUGACAAACUUUUUAAUAGACUUUUUUAUUGCUCAGUUAAUUUAACUCAUUUUGCAAACACAACUGAGAAUAUUCUUUCAGGAUUCAAUAAGCAAAUUCGAAGCUCACACAUUCGAAAGCAUGCAAACUUCGGAUAUUGUCAAAAUUGUAUGCUUGCUUUUUAUUAUGAUGAACGUAUUUAUCAUACUUUUUUUGCCUCAUUCAGUGGCAACUCACCAGUAAUAAUGAGUUUUUAAUCACUAAUUUCAAUGCCUGCACGCAUGCAUGCUCAACAGUUGGCAGUUUAUUGGAGCCAUACACUUUAAGGUGAUCAAGUGUAUUCAUGCCGAUCAGCUAGCUAGUUGUUUUGCUGAAAUUAUAGUGCAUGAAAUUAACUGUCCUGUGGCUUUGUCAGCAAUGAGAGCUAAUAUAUUGGUUUAUAGAGAAUAUAUUAUAUGAAUAAUAAUGAACAAAGCAUUGAACUUAAUUUCUUUAUGCUUUGUGCUUCCUUAGGUACUCUUGCUCUUGGGAUAGCAAGAGAGGCUGCAGCUAUGUGAGGCGAGGUAGCACAGGUCUGUUAUGUGCUACCCUGUUAUGUUUGUUAUGUCCAAGUUCAGUCACAAGAAAAAAGUUAGCUACUCAUUUAAACUUUAAAGUCACUGACCUUUUUUGUUAGCUCAGUAGUUGUCCUUUUCAGAUUAAGUGUCUGCCAGUGGGCUCCAGUGAAAAAGACUGGAGGGCUCUUCUCAAAAGUUUGAUGUGACUAGCUAGCUAUCAGUUCUUAGCUGUUUCAUUUGCUGGCGUUUAUGGACUGUGGCAAUACAGUUUUCCGACUUCCGUACCCAGAGCUCUAUAGAACAGUAUUAAUCGCUAAUUGGGUGCCUCUUGAAAAAUAAUUUAGGGUAAUCAAAGCUUUUAGUAAAAUAGCAAGCAACUGGUAGUAAGGUUGUUAGCACCAUAAACUUAGAAAGGCAAUAAUUGUUACAGGCUGUGCUAGAAAGUCCUGUAGUGUAGUGGGGUAGUCUCAAAGAAACUUAAGGGGGCCUGGUCCACCCAGGCCCCUUUGUAGAACCAGACCUGGAUGGCAGCAUUAGGUGUGUCUACUACAGCAAUAGGCAGUGCGAUGGAAACUCCGUCUUGCUGUCACCUACCGACUCAGCCAACUUUUUUCCCAACUUCUGCCAGCCUGGUUCCAGUCACACAGUAUAAAAGGGUAUAUGGACGUUGAUGUGUCUCUAUGCUUGUGCUGAUGGCAGUGUAAAGUAUUACUUUGCUGUGCUUUCAGUCAUUCCUCAGGCAUAACUGCUUCUUGUGACUCAGUAUGGUCCUGUUGAAGAUGUGCGUAGUGAUUCCUCUGUCCUUAUAGAUGUGUGUACUUUUACAGGGAGAAAAAAUCCCAACUUUUAACUGUUUACAGUUGUUUUGUCUUGCUGCGUUCCCGAAGUCAUAGAGGAAGCACAUGCUUGGGACGCACUCACCCAGGCACUGAUACUGUUGACCAUUCCAGUAGUUCACACACGACAGAACCCCCUCCCCCAUUCUAGGAUUUAAGCCUAUCCCGUUGGAGCCAAAAUGGGGGAGCGAGAAACAACAGUAUGUUAGUUGUCAGGUGCCUUGACAUAUCAAUUUGCAUAGAAAGCUUUAUCAACUCUUAAUGAACUAGCUGGGCUUAGUUAUAGCUGUACAGUGUCAUUGAGAUUAUAUUUUUGCACUGUGUGCGUGUUUUUAAUUGUAUUUUAUUUUACAGUGAGAGUUAUGCUGCUAUCUUUUUUUUGUCCACUUAAAAGAGACCUGUGUAAUGUUACCAACUAUCCUGCAUGGCUGCACGUGAGUGACAAGAAUGCCGCGAUCGGAAUAACAAAAUUGAAACAUCAAGUACUGUUUCUGAUGAUGAGUCAGUCUAGCACUGCAAGUAGAUGUAGGAAAAUGAAAAACUGUCACAGCCUUUUGCAAAUUCAUAAUAUCUGAUUUUAAACUUACUUACUAGCCUCCUCAUACAUAUCUUUGUAAAUAAUUUAAAAAAUGUAUAAAGGAACACUUGUUUUAGUUAUUUAUGGUUAGAUCAGUGUUUUGUUUUAAAGUUGCUUGCAAAAUGGCAGCCUUUACUUGGCUUACCCUUUGAAUGGCUUGCUUGUAAGUAAAAGACAAACCUAGAACUCACAAAAGGAACAAAAUAAAAUGGCAAAUUUACUCAUUUGUAUGUAGAAAACUGGAUAAAGAAGCGAACAGGUCGUCAUUAAAGAAACGUAACAUUCUACAACCUCUUCACUAAUUCCAUAAUCUCUUCACAAUAUGCUUCCCAACUUGUCACUGAGUUCAUGUUUACACUGCCAGACCUUAGAUUCAGUGUAUAAAUAAUGAUGCCAUCCAUGCAGAUGGAUUUAAUUAAGGCACAAAAAGGGAGCAUUUAAAAAAAGACUACCUGCCUCAUUGAACUAUAUUGAAAAUGCAUGCGUUUCUUUUAGGCCCAACGAAGCAUUAGAUAUACAGUUGUUUGGCCAGUACAUUUACUUUUUGCUACUUUCCCCCACCCCAAUUUACUUUUGUACUUUGUCCAUGGAACUGCCCCAAUAUCUUUUUCUCAUGAAAUUUAGAUAUGACAAAUGGCACAAUACCCCUGAUAUUGUUUUUUUUUUGCAUAGAUGUAUUUAUUUAUUGUUACUAAUGCUGCCAAUGUCUAUAUUUUAUGCAACAGCUGUCUGUGGAGUUAAGUAGCUUUUUCUGAACUGUGUUUAAAAAUGGACAAAAUGAAUAGUUCUGAGUGUGUCUGCAGCGGUGUUGUAAUAAAGGCCUUUCUGACACUUA